GUUAGGGCAUACCUUCUUUGUAGUUUAUAUUUUCUACAAGUUUAUCUUGAUUAUAUGUCUGUCUUGUUUCAUUUCGUAACCACCUGUCUUACUACACUUACUGGAUACGAUGAAUCAUGUUUUGAGAGUUUGUGUGCUACAAAUAUUUAAUGUGUUGAUUGAAUCAGUCCAGUUUAUGUCUGCAUAGUUUUAUAAACUCAAACUCAAACAAAUKUAUUUUGUAUGGGAAAGUUUAUUUUUAUUUUUUACUACCUGUGGCAAACACCUGUACAUUUUGGACAGUUUUGAUGGAAUAAAAACAGACUGGAAAUACCAUCAGUGUGGCAAAAGUUUAUUUUAUGCAUGUAUUUAUUUUUUAUCUUUCAAGAUGUGAUGUCAUUGCUUUCAAACAAUAUCUUGUUGGUGUAUAGGUGGUAGUGUGUUUGAGCAGUACUGUAGGUUGCCCAUCUUGAAAUGGCCUGUGCCACAUUGACCAUAGCUUCUUUAAAGCACCUUUAUCCCAACUAUUCCUCAUACUCAUUAAGGUGGUGCAAUCCCUAGAUUAGCCACUGAAAUGACAGUACUGUAGAGCAAGAGCAUUGGAAUUUACUGUGCAUGCAGCCUACAUACUCCUCAACAAACAGACAAAUUGAGGAGAAGGUUGAGUAGAGGCUUGGUGGCAACAGGUAUGUGACAUUGAAGUAGUGAGCAGAGCACACCGCACACAGCUUUCCAGUGAGGAUUACACCAGAUUUAACCCUAUGAAUAACAGUGAUUGCUGAUUGGUCACACAGAAAGCAUGCCACUCUGUGAGCUCAACAGGUCGCUUGCUAAGAAGUUCAGUACCUGUUCCAAGGAUGAGACUCGUGCYGACGUUAUCCUGCCAACUAUCCUGCUUGACUUGACAAUGUAUGUGCCUAAAGUACUUACUGGAGACUCUUUCAGGAUAUAUGUAUAUUGCACUAUCAACUGAUGUCCUGUAAACUCGGGGGGACAUUGGCUGGAGAAAGCCACCAUGGCUUGCUUACAUGGACCUCGACUACUGAAUUUGGAGAAAACCCCUCCUCAUCUUCAAUUCAAUGACUUGAUCCUGACGGGCUACCGGCCAAUUUCAACCUUUCAGGGGUGCAUCAGAAGCUUGUUCUACUUUCACAAUGAAUUUGGUAACAUUUAUACACAUGGAAUCCCAUUCUUCUGUUUCCUUGUGCUGCUGCCACUUAACAUCCCCUGGUCCGAGGUGGAGCAAACGUGGAUGUGUGUGUUCCACUACCUUGCCUGCCUGUCCCCCACCGUGGGCUCAGUGCUUUACCACACCUUCAUGAACCAUGAGGGCGGGGAGCCCAUCUACGACACACUCCUUUCCCUUGACAUGAUCGGAGUCUGCCUGGUCAACACCUUGGGAUGCCUGCCCAUCAUCUAUAUCACCCUGAUGUGCUACCCUGUCACUUGCAUCCUGGCCCUCCUGACCUACAGCCUAAUCUCAGCCUGGGGCAUCCUCUGUGCCACCACAGCGUGUAGCAACUAUGGGCGCCUUCGCGCUUUCAUCUGGCAGGCCCUCUUCCGUGUGUUCCUCUUCCUAUUCCGUUGGCUGGGCGACGGCGUAGGCAGCCCAGCUUCGCUGCGCCUCUUCUUCACCAUGGACAUGCUGGCUAUCACGGGUGGCCUGGUGAACCUUAGCCGGGUGCCCGAGCGUUUUAGCCCAGGCCUCUUUGACUACUGGUGCAACAGCCACCAGAUAAUGCACGUGCUGGUGAUCUGCUCCAUUAUCUACAUGCACUGGGGGAUGCUGGAGGAUUUAGCCUGGAUUAAGACGUUCCAGUGUCCGGUGUUGGAGUGAGGGACAGAGAAGGAUUGACAAGGCAAGGCCAGGAAACAAAUAGGGCUGGGGCGUAGGAUUUAAGGAGGGGUGGGUAGGAGUGACCAUACRAAUAGAAUGACCAGAAUGGACAGCCCCAUUCAAGUCUAUGUUUGGUGAUGGGUGGACUGGUGGCCAUAUUGAAUGUACUUACCGAUAAGUGCACAUGAACAUUUCUGUGGUCUGAUGGGCUUGAACCUUCUUGUAAUUAUAUUUCUAUGGGUGAUGAGAGUGAAACUAAAGUUUUAAGAAUACACUUUAGGACUAGCUGCCGAAAUUACUGUAAGGAUUACAAUUGAUUCACUGUCCAUUUUGAAAUAUUCACCCCCGUACAGCAGAAGAAUGUAGGGAUAAGAAUCGAUUGGUGCUAUUAAUGAUGGACGUCAGGGAAUUGUUGUAUAGCUUUUGAACCCAAAUUUCAGUGUUAUUACUUUGCAAUGAGAUGGACACACAUCUACAUGAUUCUGUAUCAGUUAAAAUGCAGUAGGCCUUUGCCUCCAGUCACCAACAUAAAUAUUUUCAAUGAAAAGGAUUGCAAUAAAUUAAAUAUAUAUUUCUAUC